AUGAACCUCGUGGGCAGCUACGCACAUCAUCACCACCAUCACCACUCACACCCGCCGCACCCCAUGCUCCACGAACCCUUCCUCUUCGGUCCGGCCUCGCGUUGCCACCAGGAGCGGCCUUACUUUCAGAGCUGGCUGCUGAGCCCGGCUGAUGCUGCCCCAGAUUUUCCUGCCGGUGGGCCACCACCUACCACCACAGUAGCAGCGGCCGCCUAUGGUCCCGAUGCCAGGCCGAGUCAGAGCCCGGGUCGGCUGGAGGCUCUUGGAAGCCGCCUGCCCAAGCGAAAAGGCUCAGGACCCAAGAAGGAGAGGAGGCGCACAGAGAGCAUUAACAGCGCGUUCGCGGAGCUGCGUGAGUGCAUCCCAAAUGUGCCCGCCGACACCAAGCUCUCCAAGAUCAAGACUCUGCGCCUGGCCACCAGCUACAUCGCCUACUUGAUGGACGUGCUGGCCAAGGAUGCACAAGCAGGUGACCCCGAGGCCUUCAAGGCUGAACUCAAAAAGACGGAUGGCGGUCGCGAAAGCAAGCGGAAAAGGGAGCUGCCUCAGCAGCAAGAAAGCUUUCCUUCUGCCCCGGGGCCAGGGGAGAAGAGAAUUAAAGGGCGCACCGGCUGGCCUCAGCAAGUCUGGGCGCUGGAGCUGAACCAGUGA